GCCCCCAGGGGCGGUUCAGCACAGAGGGAGGAAGGACCACAGAGCCAACUUGUCGUGACAGCGGUGCUCCUGAGCAUUUCUGGAGCCGAAGCUCUCCUCACAGAGGGAAGGACAGAGCAGGCAGCAGGCGGCAUGGAGCCCCCCUCGGCCCUUCCCCGAGGAGGGCGUGUUCCCUGGCAGGAGCUCCUGCUGGCAGUCUCACUCCUAACCUUCUGGAACCCUCCCACCACUGCCCAAGUCACUGUUGAAUCGGUGCCGCCCAAUGCUGCCGAAGGGAAGGACGUUCUUCUGCGUGUCCACAAUCUGCCUGCCAAUCUUAUAGGCUUUGGCUGGUUCAAAGGGGAAACUGUUGAGCCCCGUAGUGAAAUUGUAUCAUAUGCAGCAGACUCACAAGAAAUUACCCCAGGAUAUGCACACAGUGGCAGAGAGACAUUAUAUCUCAAUGGAUCCCUGCUGUUCCAGAACAUCAACCUGGAGGACACGGGAUACUACACUGUACGAAUCUUAAAGAGAAAUUUUCAAAUUGAAAUAGUAACUAGACGGCUCCGUGUAUAUCAGCAAGUGUCCCAGCCUACUGUCCAUGCCAGCAACACCACAGCCACAGAACAUAAGGACUCUGUGGUCCUGACCUGCUCCACAAAUAACAAAAAGGUCUCCAUCCAGUGGUUCUUCAAUGGCCGGAGUAUAAACCUCACAAAGAGGAUGAAGCUGUCCCGGGACAACAGGGCCCUCACCAUAAGCCCUGUCAGGGUGGAAGAUGCCGGGAAUUAUCAGUGUGAGGUCUCCAACCGGGCCAGUUCCAACAGAAGUGACCCCAUCAGGCUGGCUGUGAGCUAUGAAAGAAGCCCCACGGACCUCCCUGUGGGGACCAGUGUUGGCAUUGCAAUUGGGGUCCUGGUUGGGGUGGCACUCGUGGCCACCCUGGGGUAUGUCCUGCUCCGUGUGAAGACGGGAAGGGCAAGGGGCCGACGUAAUCACAGAGAGAUGGGGCACCCAGCCUGCACCCCUGGUCAUGGUCCAGUCAGCAGCACCACAUCCCCGAGCGCCCUACCCAGCCCGAGGACAGCCGUUCCCAUCUACCAGGAGUUACAACACCCUGACAGGAACAUUUACUGCCAGAUCAACCACAAAGGACAAGUGUCUUCUUACCCUGACAGGCUGCCACGAACCCCGGAUGGGCCAGGACAAAGGCCCCCGUGUCCCAGGAAGUGGGGUUUCCCAGGGAAAGGGAAGGAGACCAGGAGGGCAGGAGUGAGGGGAGGGGAGGGCAAGGAAGGGGAGGGGGAGGGACCGGGCAGAGACCCCGCCCCCGCCCACGUGACCCGGCCAAGCGCUCCUGCCCCCAGGGGCGGUUCAGCACAGAGGGAGGAAGGACCACAGAGCCAACUUGUCGUGACAGCGGUGCUCCUGAGCAUUUCUGGAGCCGAAGCUCUCCUCACAGAGGGAAGGACAGAGCAGGCAGCAGGCGGCAUGGAGCCCCCCUCGGCCCUUCCCCGAGGAGGGCGUGUUCCCUGGCAGGAGCUCCUGCUGGCAGUCUCACUCCUAACCUUCUGGAACCCUCCCACCACUGCCCAAGUCACUGUUGAAUCGGUGCCGCCCAAUGCUGCCGAAGGGAAGGACGUUCUUCUGCGUGUCCACAAUCUGCCUGCCAAUCUUAUAGGCUAUGGUUGGUUCAAAGGGACAACUAUAGAUCCCUAUAGGCACAUUGUAUCAUAUGCAGCAGACUCACAAGAAAUUACCCCAGGAUAUGCACACAGUGGCAGAGAGACAUUAUAUCUCAAUGGAUCCCUGCUGUUCCAGAACAUCAACCUGGAGGACACAGGAUACUACACCCUACAAAUCAUAAAGAGGAAUGUUCAAGUUGAAAGAUUAACUGGACAGCUCCGUGUGUAUCCGGAGUUACCCAAACCCAACAUCACAAGCAACAACUCGGACCCCGUGUAGAACGUGGAUUCUGUAGUAUUAACGUGUGAACCUCAGACUCAGAACACAAGCUACCUGUGGUCAGUAAACAGUAAGAGCCUCCCGGACAGCACCAGGCUGGAGCUGUCCCUGGACAACAGGACUCUCACCUUACAUGGUGUCACAAGGAAUGACACAGGACCUUAUGAGUGUGAAACCUGGAACCCAGUCAGUGCCGGUCAUAGUGACCCAUUCACCCUGAAUGUUCUCUAUGGCCCAGAUGCCCCCACCAUUUCCCCCACAGACUCCUAUUACCGUCCAGGGGCAAACCUCAGUCUCUCCUGCCACUCAGCCUCUAACCCGCCUGCACAGUAUUCUUGGAUUAUCAAUGGGAGCCCCCAGCCAUCCUCACAGGAGCUCUUUAUCCCCAACAUCACUGUGAAUGAUACUGGAUCCUAUGCCUGCCUUGUUUAUAACCCUGGCACUCGCCUCAAUAAGUUCACGGUCAAGACUAUCACAGUCUCUGAGCAAGUGUCCCAGCCUACUGUCCAUGCCAGCGACACCACAGCCACAGAACAUAAGGACUCUGUGGUCCUGACCUGCUCUACAAAUAACACAGGGGUCUCCAUCUGGUGGUUUUUCAAUAACCAGAGUCUAAAGCUCUUGGAGAGGAUGAAGCUGUCCCCGGACAACAGCACCCUCACCAUAAGCCCUGUCAGGGUGGGGCAUGCCGGGAAUUAUCAGUGUGAAGUUUCCAACCCAGUCAGUUCCAGGAAAAGUAACCCCGUCAGGCUGGCUGUGAGCUAUGGAAGAAGCCCCACGGGCCUCCCUGUGGGGACCAGUGUUGGCAUUGCAAUUGGGGUCCUGGUUGGGGUGGCACUCGUGGCCGCCCUGGGGUAUGUCCUGCUCCGUGUGAAGGCGGGAAGGGCCAGUGGCCAACGUAAUCACAGAGAGAUGGGGCACCCAGCCUGCACCCUUGGUCAUGGUCCAGUCAGCAGCACCACAUCCCCGAGCGCCCUACCCAGCCCGAGGACAGCCGUUCCCAUCUACCAGGAGUUACAACACCCUGACAGGAACAUUUACUGCCAGAUCAACCACAAAGGACAAGUGUCUUCUUAGUUUCCCCUUCCCCUGGGAGCUACUCCUUCCAGGGGCCUUCCUGAGACCCCAGACCCUGGGUGGGGUCAGGUACCCCCGCCUGAGCCAGAGAACCAGCUCUAAGCCCAGAGGAUAUUCAGGGACAUGGACCCAGGGUCCGGGCCUUCCUGAUUUCUGGAAGCCCUGACAGGCUGCCACGAACCCCGGAUGGGCCAGGACAAAGGCCCCCGUGUCCCAGGAAGUGGGGUUUCCCAGGGAAAGUAUCCUGGGCCCUGACCCGCCAGGGACAACAUGAGGGGAUCUGAUGAAACAGGACUCUUCCCCCUCCUUGGCCCUUUUUUGGUGAAUGGUGAUUUCUCUGAGCAGAAAUUCACCUGAACCUCUGGGGCCCUUCUCUCCUGGGUCACACAGGGAAAUGUUCCCUCUGAGUUCACCAAGCCCCCACCUUAGUCCCCUGAGAUAGAGGAGGGGCGAGGGGUGUUGACAUGCUGGGACCACGUUAACUAGAAAAGGAGAGAUCACCAGAGCUGUGGCCAAACUAUGACAGCACUCAGCGGUCCUCACCCUGCUCAGGGACCAAGGCUGGAGACACCUCCAGUGUCUGCACAUGUGCACAGGGUUCUCAGGAGCACAGGACAUGGGGCCUCUGAUGACCACACGAGGAGGAGCUCGGAAGGAGCAGCCAUGGGCAGGCACACAUCCCAGGUGGGACCCCUUCAUAGCCUUUUGGUGUCCUGAGCCCUUUGGUCCUCCUCACCCAUCCCCAGUGGCCCUGACUGGUGGCCUUCACCAAUAAACUUGCCCUGUCCCCAGAUCCAAGAUCCAGGGCACUGAGACCUGUCUGAAGCUUUCUCCAGCCUUCGGGAUGUCCUUCCUGCUGGGGUAACAUAAAGGCAGGUUGUCAGAGGAACGCCAGGGUUUGGGACCCAGAAUUCAUGCUCUGAGCAUAGCCUUCCCGGACACUGCCCAUGACGUCUAGCCCAGUACCUCCCAGUAUCUCCCUGAACGGGAUCUUAUCUUGAAACACACCUCCUCCCCAUAAAUAAGCAUGCAGGUCAGAGGCAGAGGGCUUCCCCCACCUAACUCUCACCCAGGCUCCCAUGGUGAUGGGACAAAGUGUCCUUCCACCUAGUCCACAGGCCUCGUCCUGCUGUCCCACCUGCAGCCUCCUCCACACACCUGGGCCAGCGGCUCUCAGUCCUUCCCUGAGGCCCCCAGUUGGGUGCCCAUGUGGAUUCGCUCGCAUCAAGGUGCCCUGUUCACACAAAAGCGGCCCAAGCACCAAGGCACCGCACCCACGUUUCACAGGUGGGUUUGCCAUCACCCACUUGUUUCUUAGUCAUGAGAUGAGAGGUAAGAAAAACAAGCUGCAAAGUAUCACGUCAUUUUUAGCUCUGUGAUGCUCCUAUCACAAUGCACACUAUGUUGGAUUAGACAGGGUGACGCCUCUUGUUAGUUUCCUCUUGCUGCUCUAGCAAAUUAUUGUAAGCUUAGUGGUGGAUGUCAACACAAAUCAAGGUGCCCACCUGGCUGUCUCUUCUGGAGGCUUAGGAGAGAGUCUGUUUCCUUGUUUUUCAAGCUGUGCCGUUGGAGGCUGCCCACGUUCCAUGGAUGUGGCCCCUUCCUCCACCUUCAAAACCAGCAGUGCAACAUCUUGAAGUCUCUCUGUGUCCUGUUUCCACAUCACCUCUUCUCUGGUUCUGCCUCUCCUGCCUCCUUCUGUCACUCCCUCUCUCAUGCCUGGGUGGCUCAGUCAGUUAUGUGUCCAACUUCAACUCAGGUCAUGAUAUCACAAAUUUCAGCCCUGUGUCAGACUCUGUGCUGACAGCUAGGGAGCCUGGAGCCUGCUUUGGAUUCUGUGUCUGUCUUUCCCUGCCUCUCUCCCUCUCUCUCUCUGACUAAGCCCUGGGCAUAGUUGGGGGACAUCAGAACCUUGGACAGUGUCUCAGCCUGGGGCUGAAGAAGCUGCCCAUGUCUAUUCUCUGUAUGAAAGGUGUAAUGAGGGGUCUGUUGAUUGACCUAGGCUCAGAUCAUGAUCUCAGGGUUUGUGAGCCCAAGCUCACGUGGGCUCUCUGCUGUCAGUACGGAGCCCACUUCAGAUCCUCUGUCUCCCCCUUUCUCUCCCCCUACCCCGUGCUCUCUCCUUAUCUCUCUCUCUCAAAAAUAAUACAAACAUUUAAAAAAGUGAUAAUAGAGGCUCCUGGGUCACUCAGUCGGUUAAGCAUCCGACUUCAGCUCGGGUCAUGAUCUCGCAGUCCGUGAGUUCGAGCCCUGCGUCAGGCUCUG